CACAAUGAAAGAAGGAAAUUUUGUGGCGUCAUUGUCUCGCAGUGAAGAUGAAAACCUAUCCAAUGUAUUACAUUCGUUAUUGAUUUAUUCUCUCCUGAUAAUAUUUCUACCACUAUUGUCUUACUUUAUUUCAAAAACUAUGAUAUUCGAAGGGGUUAUGUCGAUGUCAAAUAAAGAUGCCCUUUUCUAUGGUGGAAUAACAGCAGUAGUUGUAGUUCAUGUCAUUUUAGCCGCUUUCAUCAAAAAGGCAUGGAAAGAAGACAGACCACGCUCUAUGAUAAAGACAGAUUAAAAUGUAUUUUUAUGAUGCCAAGUAGGAAAGCCACACUUUAUGCAAAAGCUGUCGCCUUUGUAAUGACGAAUAUAUGUAUAGGAAUUAUGUUUUUUGGCGUUGGGUCUGGAUUGUAUGGAAUAGUAAAACCCUACUUUGCAGAAGACCAACAACAUGUGGAAUCUCAAGAAAUUUUGACUUGAUCUUUUCACCAACAGUUGUUUUUUUCAUCACAAAUUCACAAAAUAUUCCAGUUGAUAGUCUGCACUUUUCUUCAGAUUGGGACAAAAAAAAAGCCAAAAAUAAAAACAGAAAAUAGACUCAAAUUGUGUCUGCUGGCUUCAAAAUUAGGAUUCAUAUCCAGAAAUA